AUGACUUGCACUUUGUCAUUGAUGGAGAAUCCAAACAGUGAGAAGGCAUCCAGGUAUGACCAUUUGAGUGCUUUGAUAAAUAAAAUACUUUCAGAGAAGCCAGAAAAUAUAAUGGAAGGAUUUGAAGAGUACAGCCGAACCUUGAAAGAAAAAUGGUUCAGAUCAGCUGCAGAUUGUCUUCAGGACCAAUAUAUCAUUCGUAACUAUCCAGAUUACACACAGAAGCUCAUCACUCUAUUUAGGCCUCUUCCAGAAGAAAAGACGGAGACAGAAGAUGAUGAGGAGGGAGCAGGUGACAAAAGGAUGGAUCUUAUGGAACUUCAAUACUACUUUGAGCAAGCAGGGGCAGGAUUAUCAAAAAAUGAAAUGUUCUGCACAUCAGCAGCACUUUACAACUUGGGUCAACGAGAAAUCAUAAAGAAGUACAGGUUCUGGGGAAAGAUAUUUGGUCUUGAAAAGAAUUACAUCAUUGCUGAGGUGGAGCUAACAGAAGAGGAGACUACGCAACGCAUUGAGGAACAAGAGAGACUGGAAGAAGAACGAAGAGCAGCACUGGAAGAAGCUGAGGCAGAGGCAGAACAAGAAGCUAAGCCUGAGGAGAUUGUUCCUAAAGCAGAGCUAGGAGAAGAAGGUGAAGAAGGUGAAGAAGAAGGUGAAGAGGAGGAAGAAAAAAUUAAACUCAAACCUGCACCAAAGAUACCACGACCACCUAAAUCCAUGUAUAAGAAGCCACCUGAUGUGCCACCAGAAAAAAUAGGUGAAGGCACAAAUCAAAAGGUCUACUUUGUUUGUAAUAGACCUGGGGAAGAAUGGAUAGAAUUACCCAAUGUUACACCCCAACAAAUUACUACUGCUCGUCAAAUUAGAAGAUAUUUCACAGGAAAUCUGGAUACAGAGAUGUUUACAUAUCCACCAUUCCCUGGAAAAGAGAUUAAUUAUCUUCGAGCACAGAUUGCUCGUAUAUCUGCAGGAACUCAGAUCUCUCCACUUGGAUUCUAUAAUUUUGGAGAGGAUGAGGAAGAAGAAGUUGAAGAAGAAGAAGGAGAGGAAAGGAUCCCUGUUCCAAAUGCAGCUUUUGAGCCAGUGCCUUUAAGAGAUCUUCUCGAUCCAAGCAUGUCCUUCUGGGUCCAUCACGGAAGGCACAUAUUGAAGCAAGGCCGGACGAAAUGGUGGAAUCCAAAGCAAAAGUCAGAGGAUGAGGUUGAAGAAGCAGAGGAAGAAGAAGAAGAGGAAGAAGUAGAACCAGAAGUAGGACCUCCAAUGUUCACACCCCUUUCAGAGGAUGCAGCAUUAGAAACUAUGCCUGCUUGGAGUGUUCGAAUAGGAUCUCAAAUUGUUAAAGAUACAGCCAUUGCCUUUGUUCGUUCAAAUUUAUGGCCUGGUGCAUUUGCUUUUGCAGCAGGCAGGAAAUCUGACAAUAUUUAUUUGGGAUGGGGCCACAAAUAUGUUGCUCAUAACUAUUCUCCUCCUGGGAUGGAGUCUAUUCAAACAGAAUACCCCCUUGGGCCAGAAAUAAUGGAAAUUGAGGACCCAUCUGUAGAACAAGAAGAAGCAUGGAGACUGGCUCGCGAGAAAAAGAAGGCUCGACCCGAAGAAGAAGAAGAAGAGGAAGAGGAAGGAGAGGAGGAGGAAGAUGAAGAUUAG